UAAGAGUUUAGAGUUGUGGGUGUCGUCAUUGUGAAGAAAUGGAGAGGCUGAUUGACUCACAUAUGUGUCCACUGUCAUCAGGUGGCUGCGUGUGAGGCCCUGGGUGCGCCAUGUCCGCCGGGCGCCUUACGGAUGGCGGGAGCGGCGAGCGCGAGCGCGCUCCGCGCUUCAGCCUCAAGCUCUGGCGAGCCCCGCCCACACCCGCUCCCGCGCCAGCCGCCACGCCCACCCUCGCACAGCCCGAAGAUGAAUGUCCAGAUGACAGUGAUGAAGAUGUGAUCACAGACUACUUGUCAGAGGACCAGCCGUCCGUUGAGUCCAACUCCGGUGCACCAAUGGCAGUUAAUAAGCAUGAAGUUCCCACGAUUAGUGUCACUCCUCAUUCACCUGGUACCAAAGUCUAUCCAGUGCUGGAAGACAACUUGCAGCAUCUCCAUGAGAUACAUGAAAAUGUGCAGCAGAUGAGAGACCUAAAUACACAGGCAAUUCAUGCAAUACAUGCUCAGAUCUUGGGGCUGACACAGUAUUCCCGACUGAGUGCUUCUUGCCCAUCUCUUAAUAAUGAAGGUGCAUCUGACUUGGAUGUUGAGGCUUCACUCAAUUCAUCACCAACACAACCCACACCCUUGGGAUCUUCUGUAAACCCAUGCUUCCCAGAAACUCUACAGACAAAAGCUCCUAAAGACUGGUUGAUGUGCCGAGACGGUAGUGGAGAUGUGCCUCGGCGGCGGAGUUGGACUGCUCUGGAAGACCUCACCGGUGGAAGGGCAAAAAGAAAAUCGGAAAGACAAAGGAGUAUGAGCCUGAGUAGCUUGGACUCUGAGCCUGAUGAUCCAUUCUUGGACCGUGUAGAUGGUGCUGGAAGCACUGGUCUACUGCUGUCAGAGACAGCAUCACUUGGAGGUGGUGGCACAGGGAGUGCUGGGUCAGGAGGUCGUCGGUCAGCUAGGGGCUCAGGUGGUGCAUCUACACAUUCACUCAAUGAGGCUGACCUACAGAAUGAUUUCAAUAAGCUGGCUGCAAAGAGAGAAAUGGAUAAUUUGAGGUUACUGCCUAUUCGCCUGCCACUUCAGAAGUCUGUCUCAACUCCAUCAAUACUUGCCGUGCGGGACAUGGUGGGUGAGGCAGUUACAGACAGUACUCCUGCAAUUCCAGCUGGAACUGAGAGUGAAACGGAAGAGGAACUUAUGCCAUCAGGAAAGCAUUUAGUUACCCCACACAUCAACAUAGCUUUGGAUGAAUUCCUGACUGAUGCAGCAUAUGACCAUCGAUCUGGAAAGAGGCGGAAACGGGGCAGUAUCUUCUUUCGGAAAAAGAAGGACAAAACGAAGAAAGUUCCCCAUCAGUGGGUUUCAGCGUGUUAUGGAUCUGCACAUGCCUGUGAUUGGUGCUCCAAACCUGUCACAAACAAACCGGCACUAUACUGCGAGAAUUGCAUGACUACUGUCCACCAGAAUUCAUGUAAAGAUCAGAUUCAAGACUGUAGCAAACCAAAGAUUUCUAAGAAUUCAGGAAAGGGCACAGCAUUUCCUGCAGUUAUGUCAACAUCAAAGCUGUCAGGAAAUAAGAGGGGCUCAAGUUCCACACAGAGCCAAAAUCAUCACAGUUCUUCCAGUAGUAGUCAAAUAAUAAACGAGGAAAGAGAAGGUGACUAUGGACAGCAUGAUGGACUUGGAUAUUAUGAUGAUGUGCCACUAGUUCAGUUCGAGUUUUUGGAUGAAGGACCUAUUACAGCAAGUGAUCUGGAGACAGACCCUUUUCUUGGUCUGCAAGAUGAUGAACCAGAUUCUUGGACACCAACUGUUGGGAAAGAGGUGGCUAAGAAACUUAAAGAGAAGGAAGUGAAACGACAAGAACAUAUUUAUGAAUUUAUCCUGACAGAAAAGCACCACUGCCUCACACUGAGAGUAAUGCAGAAGGUGUUCGUUGAAGGCUUUCAGAAACAUUUUCAGUUAGGCAAUGACCUAGAACGGAUGUUUCCAUGUUUGUCAGAAUUAACAGAAAUUCAUCUUAAUUUUCUUCAACGGUUGCGGCAAAGGCAAAAGGAAGAACCUGUUGUUGUAACAAUCAGUGAUAUAUUACUAGAACAGUUCUCGGGAGUCUGUGCUGAGAAACUGAAAUCUGCUUAUGGUGAAUUCUGCAGUCGUCAUAGAGAUGCUGUAAAUAUAUAUAAGAAUUAUCUCCAUGACAGGAGGUUUGCAGAAUUUGUUAAACAUUGUCAAGUCAAUCCAUUGCUGAAGAAGAAAGGAAUACCAGAAUGCAUACUAUUUGUUACCCAAAGACUUACCAAAUAUCCACUUCUCAUUGAACCUCUAAUAAAGACUGCCAAAGACAAUAAAGUAGAACAGGAAAAUCUUACCAAGGCACUGGCACUUGUGAAAGAAAUUCUCGUCGAAGUUGAUGCUCAGGUGGCAGAAAAAGAGAAAGAGGAUCGCAAACUUGAAAUAUAUAACAAAAUUGAAGCCAAAUCUUUCACUAUUUACCGAGGAAACAAGUUCAAGAAAUCUGACAUAUUGCUGGAAAACAGGAAGUUGAGGUUCGAAGGUGUUUCAACUUUGAUGCAAGGGAGGAGUAAAAUGCAAGUUGUCUUGGUUAUUGUAUUAUCAGAUGUUCUCUUCUUUCUGCUGGAAAACAAUAACAAAUAUUCUUUCUUUACUCCAGAUAACAAGGCUGGUGUUGUCUCCCUUCAAAAACUGCUUGUCAGAGAGAAAGCUGGGCAGGACUCAAGAGGCAUAUAUCUUAUUUCAUCCAACCCUUCAGAGCCUGAAAUGUUUGAACUGAAAGUACAUAAACCAAAGGACAAGCAAGUGUGGAUACGUGCAAUAAGGUCAGCUGUGGAGAACUGUCAAGAAGAUGAAGAUGAAGGCAUAGUUCUCAGCUUGGAAGAGAAACAGAAAUUAAUGGAAGCAAAGCAGUUGCAAAUUCGGCAAAUUGUUGGCAGCUGUGUAGGAGUUGAAGGUAUGCUUCGACAGAAGGAUCUUGAACAGGCCCAAAUACUGGAAGAAAAAAUGGCUUUGCAACAGAAAUUAUUGGCAGCAGCUGGCGUUGAGAACAUACUGAAUCCACCAAAUUACACUAGUUUGAUGUCAGAAGAUACUGACAGUUCAGUGAUAUGGCAAGAAGUAAAGUCAGCAGUGCAUGAAGUUAACCAACUGGCUAACUCACUUUGUGCUUCUGGAACAAACCUUUCUCGCAGUGUAAGCUCCGUUGGUGAACAUCAGAGUGAGGCAUAUAUUUCUCCAACGUUGCCAAAGAGAGCAGAAACGUUUGGAGGAUUUGACAAUGCAAACAAAGAACAGCUGCCAAUGGCAAUAACAAAAGGUGUUGUGAGGAAACUGCAACAGAGAGAGAGCAGGGACCAUUCAAACUAUUCCACUCCAGUAAUGACACCAGACUCGGAGUCCAGUCCAAGUUCAAAACAGGAAACAAUGUCUCCAAAAGUCAGUCAUGAUCAACCUCCAUGGCGUUCUGCAGUUAUGGCCACUAUUCCACCUGUUGUUUUACCUUCAAAUGUAUGUGAAAAUUCAUGUGAAGUCCCUGCAUUGUCCUCACUUGCACAAGAUCAGCAGACAGUUGCAGUUCAGCUUUCUCACUACUUCUACAAACUGCUUUCCAUUAUCCAUCACCAGAUGACUACUAUCAAUAGCUUGCAGGCUCAACUUUCCGCAUGUAAGGUGCAGCUGACACAAGAUGAUGCAAAGGACCGACGGCCUGUUUAUAAACAUAAUCAGCAGUUGGAGGAGCUACGUAAUUUACAAGACCGUCUUACACAAGAGAAAGAAGCAUGGCAACGUGAAAAAGAAGCUGAGGAGAAAGAACUUGAUGAAAAGAAGCAGGAGCUACUGAGAUUGCAGGAACAAGUCCGAGCAGAAAGUGAGGAUGUACGGCAGCAGCGGGAGAAGCUGUACAGUAAAUUAGAGUAUUUAACAAGCCAGGGAAUCCUUAUUAGCCCCAAUAUGCCUGUAGUGACUGCAGUGCCUCCAGAAGAUAGUCUUUCAGGGCAGGGGAUAUUGAUACGCACCCAGCCAGAGGAUAUGAGUGUUACAGGCGUUAGUGGUGACUGUUCUCCACCUGUACCUGAUUCUCGUCGCAAAGCAGAUUCCCAUACUUCCAAGCGCAAGCCUGGCAGUAAUGCAAGCAGCUCUUGCAGCUCCAGUGCCACCACAAACAAAGCUACACUACCAUUGAACCUCAUCAGUGCCACAAAUCAGCAGAAGGUGCAGGCACAGAGUGUGCAGGUGAAGCAACAACUUCCAUAUAAACUGGCCACAAAGCUGGGUGGUAGCAGCAGUGGCACUGGCAACAGUAAUAGUAGCAGCAGUUCCAGUUCUUCCGUUGUACAACAAAUUCUGCCUUACAAACUGAGCCAAGGGCAGUCACCGACGUCUUCCGUAACAGAAAGCACUAGUGGUAGGAGAGGUUCAGGAUAUCGCCGCUUGGGCUCUGGCAGCUUCAGUCCCCCCUCGAGAACUGCAGCAGCAGAUGAGACUGCAGCACCAUCACCACAUAGCCAUGUGCGCACCGGCAGUAGUCCUGCUUCUAUGCAGAGUGAGCUACCAUCUCCGCCACCUGUCGAAAGUGGGAUGUCUCGGAGAUCUGCAGGAGGACUGGAUCGCACUCACAAUCACCCUGUAAACAGAGUUGGAAGCCCCGGUCCUGAGUCUGCACCACAGUCUGCAUCAAGCCGACGGUCUGCUGACGAAGAAGUUAUAUACUUCUGACAAGGAGAUACACACACGUGACAUCAUUCACGUGUCUGGGACAAGUUGAAGUCACUUCUUCGAGCUGUCGGUUGUGUUAGUGGUUGUUUACCGUUUACACUCGGUGAUGCUUGAGCUAUAAUGCUAAAGAGAAGCAGUCUCUGGAAAAGCUGGUGAUUUCCUUGAAGGGUCAGCUAAUUUGCAAUUGACACCUGUAGAAAUAAACCAUGUAUAUUACCUGAGGGAAAUCUGAAUGUUCCUGAGAGAUACUAGCAAGGAAAGGCCACCUUAGCAAAAGAUCGUGAUUGUUAUUCCAAGAUAUUAAAAGUUAUAGAGCUUUGGUUCUAUAUUUUUAUAGAGACUAGAUGUCAUUGUUUCACUUGCCAGUUCAUUGUCCAGAUGCACUGUAGUGUAGCCAAAAGACAGACAGUGCAUUUGUUACCAAAGCACUCGGGUAUUGUGGAAGGAUUGCCUCAUUUGCAGAUGCAUAAUGUUUAUGUCACUUUGAAAUAAAUGGUUAGUAAUUAUGUUACAUAACUAUGCAACAUGUAAAUAAACCUUAGUAAUUUCAGAUGACACUGCUUACUUUCAAAGCCUGAUACUACUCAAAUAAGCAAGUUUCAUACAGUUGAAAUCUCUUUGUGAUUGUAUAUAUGGACAUAAUAUGUCAGCCACUACACACAAAGCAGAACAUAAGUAAGGCAUUUAAAUAUAUCUGUAAUGUAUAGUCAUUUGUUUAGUGGUUAAACAUAGCCAUCAGCUGUUCUCUGCAAUUGGAAAUCAAUUCCUCCCACAAUAUGUAAACUGUCCCCUUCUCUUUUAAUAAUUUUUUCAUCUGUUUUUGAGUGAGCAGGCACAAAAAUUAAACUUACCUUGCUACAAUAUUGUGGUCUGGGCAAAGUGACGUAAAUUUAUUCAUUCAUUUUUUUUUUACAAGAAAAGAAUUCAAGUACUUUGCAUUCAGGAUGUUGCUUGUGCUUUAUUUGAAUGUCCUAAAAAAAUGUAACAACCAGGUCAAAUAUCUCAUAACUAUGUGACAGUACCUCUUCAUAAGGUUUAUUAUUCUUAUUUGGUGUGCAUUUUCUUUUGCCCAACAUCUUCUGACCAUGAAUGAUUAAGUUGGUUGGCUUUGUUAACAUUAUUGAUAUAUUAAUCAUGGUCUCGUAUUAGCAUGAGUUGUUACCAAUCCUCCUUUCAUCCUCAUUUCUCGCACCAGCGAUUUCUAGAAGCCCGGUGCUGACUUAAAAAAUAAUGGAACCAGGGCUUUAACACAGAGCUUUGCCUUCAGCAGGAAACAGUCAACCAACUAAUUCAACUGAGCUUCAAACCACAGCUGCCCAGCUCAUAGCUUAAUCCUCCGUGGCUUUUUCUCCUGCACUUCCCAGUUCCAUGCAGCAUUGCCCAUGGGAGGCCAACAACAGUAUUCAAGCCUUGCUCUGGAGACAUUAUUAAUGCAUCAGAAAGUUUAAUUACAUGGAAUGCUUUGAUAAAGAAUUGAAAUUUCAUUUUGAUUCUAAUACAUUUUUGUAAAGUUAAUGUAAUAGUGUUCUCUAUAAAUUCCUUUGUCAGUGCAUUUAAAUGUUGCAGAGUGUAUACUUCGUUAUCUCAGCACAAGAAGAUAUAUACUUAAGUUUUCCUUGUAGUUUUAUCUUACCAUUUCCCAUUGUUAUUACAAAAUUUGCACCAGUAAAAUUAAAUUUCUUAGCUUAUUACCUGGCAUUUGUGAACUCCGUGAUUAAGUACAGAAAAGUUUAGUGGUUCUUGUGUCAUGAUCAACAUAUUAAAAAAUCAUGUAGACUCACGAAUAUGGUUGGUGCAGUUUCAGAUCAUUCUUUUAUGUCUCUCAGUUCAGAUAUUGACUUUAUGACAGUACCUUUAUUGUCUGUUUUGGUGAGAAAUGGCUUACCACAAAAUUGUUGUGAACAUUAGCUUCUGAUGUAAGAAUGUUAAAUCUUGAAAACUUACCUACUCAAAUGAGAUUACACUGCCCAUGUUUUCUUAGUUUUGUACUGAUACUAGUCAUAGGUUUGUAAUCUCCUUUAAUUUCUGGACACACAUCCACUUGGCUAUCAUGUUUUUAUUAUUGCGACAUAGUGUCUGUCCAUUCAAAAUACACCAACAUUUCACAUAUAGAACAUGUUUUUGUUUUCUUCUUGUACAGUGCAAACUUUCUUUGACUGUCACAAUCUACUUUACUGAACUAUCUUUUUUUCAUUGUAUGAUAAUAUACUUAUGUUCCAAACUGGAAUUGUCAGGUUAAAUACGUCAUAACUAUGAGACAAUGCCUCAGAAUGAGACACGUUGUUCUUAUUCCACAACCAUAAAUUAUCUUCUCACCAUAUUCUGCUGUCCAUCUACCUUCUGAUCAAGGAUUAAUUAAGUAUGAUACCUCUGUUAAUUACAUCACUAAUAAUUUCCAAUUAAUGUUGGUACCUACUCGUCCUUACUGUAGUCUCAUUUCAAACUCCUACUGAUUUCGAAAAAAAUGGUACCAUUGCAGUAGCUAACAGGUUAUUAACUCAGCUGUCUGUGCUUUGGUUUGAUGAUUUCUUCUAUUGAACAUUGUUGGAACUUGGUUAGCAUCUGUUACCUUUUAUUUAUUGUUUAUAUACAGGUUAUGCUCAGCUGUAUUGGAUAAAUCUGUGGAUUUUAGUUUUAGUAUACAAUCUCUCCUUUUUUAGUUUGCUUAUUACUUUAAUUUGUGUUUUCAAUCCAUGGCACUAUCAUUCUUUCUUUGAAGACACAGCUUCUUUUGUUUGCUGUAUUACUUGUUCCCUAUCAGUUUAGGUAUUCCUAACCGAAUUUGAAAUAAUAAUAUAACUCUUAAUACUUGUUUAGAAACAGAUAGAUGACUGAAACCAAUACAUGCAAGGACAUUAUAUACUCUAGUGAAACAUUAGUCAUUAUUGUGGGUCUUGAUUGAGCUAGGAUGAACUGUUGCAGAUGUUUAAAAUGUGUGUGUGUGUUGGGGGGAGAUAGGAGGGGUACAGAAGUGGCAAAAAUAUUGAAGAAAAGCUGUAAGUGUCUCUCUCACUUUUAAUUUUAUGGGUGUAGUGACUUUUGAUGGAAGGGGAAGAAAAAGAACUUACUUUUAUGACUGCAUAGUGUCAUGAAGCCUUUUUAUCACUCACUGGUUCAGUUAGCACAUGACGAUUAAUUUUGUUUCAAAAACAUAUCUUUUAAUGUAAGUGUCCUCAUGAAAUACAACAAUUUCAUGCUGUUAUCUGUCUUUUAACUUUAAAAUUUGUAACGUCAACAAUCUAAAUAUAUAUAAAAAUCAUUUUUAAUAUAAAUCAUGAAACUGACUACUGCAAAACCAUAAUAGCACUCCUACAGAUGAUUAGUCUCUUGCAUUUCUACAUAGUGUUUGGUUUAUUCUGGCUAUCGCCUGGAAGAUUUCACUAAAGUGUCAUUAUCACUUACUUCACAAGAUAAAAUAUAAGUGCUAGUUAAAUUUUAAAACCGUGUUUUAUGGAUGGAUGUAAUUUCUUAUUUGAAAUAACUAAGAGCAUGCAUGUGCUGUAUAGUGUAUUUUAUAUAAUGUAACUGAUACUGACCACAGUGACUCGUAGAUCAAUCUACUUUGACUGAAUGAUGUGUCAUCCAUUGUUUAUAGAGGGGCACCUUAUUAGUUCAUUGGUUUUUCCCAUUAACAUCGACUUUCUCAAACUCGACCUUUAGAGGGGGGGAGAGAGAGGGAGGAUGCCAAUCCCUCAGGUGUUUCCUCAGUUCUCCUCACAAAGUUCAUUGACCUCUGUUUGUGUCUCUCUUCCAAAUAAAAAUCAUUGCCAUUACUGAGAAUUAAACCCAAAUUCUUUGGUGGCAGUCCAGCAUGCUGACUUCCCAGCUAUAGGAAUGAUAGUCAACUGCAUUUGUUCACUGGUUUGUGCAUAUUUUGUCCAUUUUCCUCUGUGGCAAACAGUAUUUGUCAUAAUUCUGAGGUACUUCUUUCAUGAUCUUAUUCUAAUAUAAAUUUCAGAAGCUACACUCCACAAAUUUUGCAUUUUUUUGUACAUUCAUUACAGUUAGACAGAUGUCAGCAUAUCUAACGUGUCACAUAUUUGUGAUUUCCUGUUUUUAUGGUCUAUUUAAUUAUGGAGUAGAUUCUUAUUACUUUACACUUUCAUUAAUUGCUUAGAAGUGUGAAACCUGUUAUAUAACGGGCAAAGCUGUUGUUUCAUAAAAAUUAUGCCAAAGAGACAGACAAUUGUAACAAGUAGUCAAGAAUUAAAUAAAGAUGUAUACUAGAGUAGGUGUCAAAGAAAAAUUUCAAUGCAUGAUUUGGUAAGGAAUCUGCAAAGAAAAAACAAGAAUCUGUAAGCCUAGUGAAAGUACAGUAUUUCAUUCAAUUCUUGCUCCUUCAUCUUAAAGAGUAACAAUAUUUCUGUCCCUCAGUCCAGUCUCCUCACAGAGCAGCAUGAGCAAUUAAUGUGGUGGGUCUUAAAAUAUAUUCGCAGUUAAUUUGUUACCAGACGAUUAACACUGGUAUAUCAUAAAAGUUAAAUCCCUACCGUCUUAUUGUCAUUUCUUCAUUAUUCUUUGCUGUAGAAUGAUAAAAGGGUAUUGUGUUGGUUCGAGUGCCAAUUGUGAAACUGUUAAAUUGUGCCAUGUUUGUGCCAGUUAGCAGAAUAUCUCAAGAAUCCUAUGCUGACAUUUGUGCAUAUUUUCAAAUUUAUUUUAUUGAUUUAUGAAAUAUUGCUCAAUUCUCUUCCUACCUGAAAUAUGUAGUUUUUUUAUAUGGGUUAUACUGUGAAUAUACAUUUUUAUUCAAGAUUCCCAAAAACAAAUAGAAACUAUAUAAAUACUGUUUCCUAAUUUAAAUUUUGUCUCUGUCAUCAAACUAUAUAUUUUCAAUACCACACAGUGCAAAACAACUCGCACAACGAUUCCCGCACACUGGUGUCUUCUGGCUUUGCACUGUAUCAAGUUACAUAAGCCUUAAAACGAGACAGGUAAACAGUAUUAGUGAAAUAAUUAUCAGUGGCCAUCAACAGUAAAUAAAGAAUAGAAGGCCCCUUUUUCUGCAAGUUAAUGUUCUUUGUAGCCAUUGCUUGAUGAACAAACAUUUUUCCUGAGAAAGUGGCCCAAUGUGUCAUUAGCAUGACAAGAUGCAUUCAUCUUAUUAGGUUUGUUGAGACUGCUUUGUAUGCUUGCAUUUCAAAAUAAUAGUCUUAGUGUGUUACGAUGUGUUAACACAGCUGCAGGAGAAAUCUCAAAGUCCUUUUCUUCCCACAAAUCUCAAUUGAUCUACUUAGUGCAUAAGAGAAAUGGCCUGUGGCUCCUUUUUAUUUAAACUUUGGCAAUAACAUAGGGCUUAUCAGGCAUAUAAUAAAAGAAAAUAAUAAAAAUUACUGCCUUAGAGAUAUUGCAUGUUUUGUUGAGAGUUUGUACAAAAAUGCUGUGUAAAUUAUUGUUGAUAAAUUUAAAUAUUUUAUCUGACUGAUAGUACCUUGAGUCUACUUGUUUCUUUCCCUUUGUAUAUCAUAAGAUUAAUAAUGUGUGAAAGUGAACUUGCAGUUACGUUACUCAUCACAGCAUAUGUUCCAGUCACUAGUUGUAAGUGUACCUCUGCAAUAAGUGUGUUCUCUGGUAUAGCCUCUUUGUGACUGAAGCAGCUGAGCAGUUCUUUGUACAUAAAGGUGCAAUUACAGGUCUUUGUGGAGAUAAACAUUCCAGUUAUUUGUCUUAUGCUACAUCAGUAUUGUAUGUUAUAAAUAUACUUGCUUACUGUUGUGGUGAGGUUCCAAAUUUAGUACAUUUAAUAUGUGCUAAUUAUUUAUUUGCCUUUAUUGUCUACUGUGUAAAUAUAUAAACUUUAAUCUUAACUGACUACAAACUGUCUUCCUCGGAGGAACCUUCCAUGUACAGUUCAAAAUGAAAUACAUUUUUCUCAAUCAUUGUGACAAUACUAACAUCACUGAAAAUGUCAGUCGAUUUUCCUCGUACUUCCAGUAUUUUUGUGUGAGCUCUAUUUGCCAUUAAGAUUAGAAAUGGUUUUUUUCUUGUUAUUGAAAUUGUUACGUACUUCAUAGAACUAAUAAGGCUGGUAUAACUGCUGUUAUUCGUGAGGUGUAAGAAUGAAAUUUUUAUGGAGACUUAAUUUAAUGAAGGCCUACUGUAAACGUCUUUCCAUUCUGUAGGUGCAAAAUAUUUUUGUAAGAUAUCUAAUUGUUCUUCGACUGGUUAUAAACUCUACAUGCAAUAAGUUGUAUAUUUACAACAUUUGGGAUCUCUUUGUCUUUUAUAUUUGUGAACUUUUACAAAUAAUUGUGAUUUUAUUUUAUUAUAAAGGAUGUGUUAAUGUGUGGACAAAUGUGAAAAUAUUUGUGAUCAGGGCUAUAGAGUAUCAACUUCCAAACUCGUAACAGAAGUUUAAGUCAAAUUAGAUUUUCUUGCUAGAAAGAGAAAAGAAACAUUAUGUCUGUAAAAGAGGAGUAUGCAUGUGUGAUUCCUGUUGUGAAUUUUUAUUUAUUUCAUGUAACUUAUUGUGCAGUUUUCAUAUGGGAAACCCAAGUGUCCCAUUUCUUGCCUUUUGUAUGAUGUAGUAUAUACUCUUCUUAGUGGGAAUCCUAGUUUUAUGUAUAUUCAGCAUUGGCGGCUGUUCUGUCUUUGCCCCCUGGUUUAAUGUAACACAUGCAAUAAUACAUCCAAAGAUAUGUCACGAAAGUCUGUAUUUAUACUAAUGCUGACUUCCUAUUUACACAUAAUGAUGCUAUCUCUUUCCACUAAUUGGUAUCAGAGCACCGCCCAUGCCUCAUGUGUGUCCUCGUGUGUGUGUGUGUGUGUGUGUGUGUGUGUGUGUGUGUGUGUGUGUGUACACAUUUGUCAAGAACAAAAUUUUUAACAGAAAGGAAAAGCAAUUUUGUUUCUAUGUAAAUUCAGAGUUACAUCACUACAUUAUGAUAUGUAGACUUUUGAAAAAAGUGAUGUAUCAAUGUUCAUAAUUUUAAAUACAGCAAAACAUUUCGCUUCUUGUGUAAAAAAAAAAAAUGUCCCUCACAACCCUGAUGAAAGACAUAUAUGAUGGUUCUAAGAGCCUAUUAUGUUUAGGUAUCAGACAGCACAUUUAGUGCAUGAUUAAAAUUUGAGUGUUUUUUAUAUUGUGUAUUUGUUUGUAAAAUUAUUUGUUUAAUUUAUUUAAGUAUGACUGCAGUUUACACAUACUUCUUAUAUUUUUUGACUGAAUAGAAAUCGUAACUGAUACAUUAGUUUUAUACUAUAGCAUUGUGGUAUUUGGUCCAGGAGUUGUUAAGUCCAAAUUGAGCAGCACAUUCCAUCAUCCAUUUAGCUGUAUGUUGUAUUUAUUGCAUACUAUCCCUCAGCAACUGUUGUAUUUUAUUUUUGUAAUACUCAGUGAUAAUGUAAUACCUUUAAGAUGUGUAUAUUCAUGACUGUCAAAAUAUAUCUAUGUGAGAAAUUGUAAAUAUGAGUAUUUAUUGUAAAUAAAAAUAAAUUAUAAUGUGCAAUUCACA